AUGCUUUCCAAGAUCUUCUUCGGCCUGGCUGCCGUCUCGGCAGUCAUGGCUUCGCCAAUUGUGCCAGACAUUGAUUUCACCCCGGACACCCUGCAGGAGGCUCAAGACCUCCUCAAGUUCCUCCAAGACGUUGAUGCACAGAGGACUUCGCUCAACCAGACUGAGUGGGAGGAACUCCUCACUUCCAAUGGAAUCCUCCUGAGCCCACCACCGAUUGACCACGACUUCCUCAACUUCACUGCCGACGUCGAUGUCGAUGUCGACGUCAGCGUCGACAAGCGUCAGAGCUGCAAAAACACGCAGUCGACCAAGAUCACCAAGGUGGAGACAUUCCUCGACUGGGACAUCCAGAUGUCCAACGUGGUCUGCGCACGAAGCUCCGACUUUGUGAUUGACGUGUCCGCGGGAUGGAGUGUUGCCAACUCCAUCACCGUCUCGGGUAGCAUUACCCCAUACUUUGCAUCCAGCUUCCUGUAUGGAUCUGUGGGUGUCGACUUCGGCAAGACGUGGACAUCCAGUGCAUCGAACCUCAACCGUGCCACCAUUCUCGCCGGCAACUGCGGAGCCAUGAUUCUCCGACCAACGACCACUCGCCGCUACGGAGAGCAACGAUCAGGAUGUGUUGGAUCGACCAAGGUGAUUGGAACCUUCAUGGCUGAUGACCGUUUGUCUGCCCAGUUCAACGGUGUAAAAUGGACCGGAGGUGCUGUCUCCGAUUGCCAGAAGAAGCAGGCCAGCCCGCCAAUGAGCCGAUGCAACGGCGGUGGCAACUUCAUCUAA